ACCAACCUCUGCUUCAGUGUGCAAAACGAUUUUAUCAGCCACGGAAGGAAACACAAUCUUCAAAUAACGAAAACUAUGCAAUAAAUUGGUGUAUUGUUUGUUGACAAUGCUAGAAAAAGUUACUGGUUCAUUGCAUUCAAAGCUCUGUUCAAUAGUGUACGAUAAUUAGAUCAACCUGAAGCCGUAGUAAACAUAAAUAAACAAAUAGUGAAUCUUAGAUGAAGAAAACAUUCGCCGCCAUGAACCAAGAGGGAACGAAUCGUUGCCAGGGUGGGGAACUGCCAGAUACAGCUGGCAAGGAGGAUGUGGAACUGGCAAUGCUGCAUCUGCGAAAACUGUUUGAUGAAUUUAUCAAUCUCAAAUCAACGAUGGCAGACACUGAGCGAGAUACGAAGCUCUAUCAGAUGCUGCCACUCUACUGCAAUGUGGCAAAUAACGCAAAUCAGAAGAAACAGACAAAUCCGCAUGGAUUAUCUCAGCCGCUAUCAUGGGAAGGGCAGGCCGCUUUUUGCCAUCACAUCAGUCAAUUAUUAGCAAGAGAAAUUAAGCGAAGAGCGUUAAAUCGAAGCACAGAAACUGCAUCAAAAACAAUUGCAUCGUUUUUGGAGCUGGAUAGUGUGUACGGCACUGAGGAAUCGGGAAAUGGAGCAGUUUUACUGACGGCAGUCAAUUUAAUGGUUAAUACAAUCAACGAUAGUUCCUUGCAAGAGAUUAUGAUAAAUGCUUCUCUGCCAUCCACCUUAGUGCGAUGUAUAUACUUGUUUUUGGAUCUUCCAGAAGAAAAAGAAACAUGUUCUAUCGACGAAACUUGCUCGGAAGCAAAUAAAGAUAGACAAAUGAGUUCAUUUAGAGCAUUUUCCCAGAUACUGUUGAAGCUCUCAUCACACCCAUUAACAGCGGAAGAACUGAUACGAGUCGAUGAUUUGAGUCUACUGUUUUCCACUGUAACUGCACAGUAUGGACCGUGUAACCUCAAGUGGCGCUCGUUGGCAGGCGAAGUGCUUGAUACAUUGGCACGAUACGGACUUACCGAAGCAAUCGUAGAUUACGUACAUGCCAAAGGGUGCAUGGCGCUGUGUAUUGACAAUAUGCAACGAACUAUAGCUUCCAAACCUUUCGACAUUGUUGACAUGAUACUAUCUAUCUGUGGCUUUUUACAGCAAUCAUCACAUUGUUCGCAAAAGUUGAUGGAUGAUUUUAAGGAAUGCCAAGGAUAUCUGUUUCUUAUCGAUUGCCUACUCAAAAUGCACCAAGGCGUCGAGAAUGGUGACAGCAAUGUUCAACUUUCGCAUGAACAAAUGUUUCGAAAGCUCAUUAGCAUGAUAGUUUCGCUGUGCUAUUGUGGAUAUGCUCAAGUGCCGUCGCUACAUGCGGUGGACGUUUCUAAAGCUCAAUUUCUAGUGAAGGAAUUGCGCGUGUCACCAAGAUCAUCCAAAGCAGCGUGUUUGCGCAAUAUAAAUGCAUUUUUGGUUCUGCAAACAGUAUUUUUGCGAUCGGACAGCGCGCUAGUGUGUUGUUUGAUACUUGAUGCAAUUAAGGAGGUUUACAAGAGUGACGAUGUGAACUAUUUCGUGCUGGAAUCUCAAAGCACCUUAUGUUUGUUUGCGGAGAAAAUUCAUCAAAAACCAAGGGUGGUACGAACACAAUUUUUCGCAAUGAUCGAAUUCAUAGUUCUUCAGCUAAACUUCAUUCCCCGUAAGGAGCUUAUAGCUCUAUCGGUGCUUUUAAAAGCAAAUCAUCUUUUAGAGAUCAGUAUUGCGUGUGCUCGCACAUUUCUUUGUCUGUUAAGGCACAACAGUGUUUUCGCCGACGUUUAUCGUGAAAUAGGAGUGUUGGAAGUGUUUGUCACCUGCAUAAGACGGUACAAAGACUUUCUGGAAAACGAUAAGCAUAUGGGAAGCUUAGGCGGCAGCCCUGAUACCGGAACAGUGAAACAGCCACAAAGUUCAGACGAGCAGGAAACGUUGGGAACGCUAGUAGUAGAAGCUCUUGUUCAGCUGUUGAAUGGAAAUUCUAAUAAUACAAGCAUAUUCAAAAAUAGUGGAGGCAGCAAGUGUGUAUACGACAUGCUGAAGUAUAAAUACAAUACCCCAGCCGUUAUGAAACUGGUUAAAGAACUUGUGUUAACUGUUGGAGGGGAAGAUGAUAUGUUAAACCUGUUGAAAUCUAUCAAUUCACUAGCCGACCUACAUUCGAACACUGUAUUGAUGCGCAUUCGCAUUUUGCAAACAUUGAUUGAAUGUCUCAAGGAAAGCCACCGGACGAGAUCAGUUUUCCGAAAGGUUAGUGGAUUCGUGUAUGUAGUUAACGUGCUGGACUUGUUGAAAAAUCAAUUUGGACACAAGCAAUCCGCCGAUGGUCCCAGUAAAAUACACAUGCGACUGUUUCUUGUCGUUUGUCAAACGCUAAGUGCUGCUAUGCGAUUCGAACCAGCAAAUGCAAAAUAUUUUCAAAAUGAGGUAGCGAAUACGCUGUUUUUGGAAGCUAUUAGGGACAUGGGAUGCUUUUCGAGGAAUGAAUCAAUUGGAAGUGGUGGCUUCUUUCAACAACAUCCUUCGACUGUAGACCAAUCGUUGGUGAAUGUGUACGCGAAUAUUUUCAAGACGGCAAUGAGUAACGUGGAAAACGAAAGCUCAAGUGAUGCUUUAUUUCCCAACGCAAGUGACGAGAUUUUACCACCGCUACGAUCCGGAUGCAUCAUUUAUCGUAUUUUAUAUGAAAUCGUAUUCGAUGGAUUUGAUGGACCGCAGAAAGUAGAAGUUCUACAGCACAACAAAAUAUGUACAGACGUGAUACCGGAAUCUUACCAUGAUGGCGUACUGAGCUCCACUGCACCAUCGUCCGGUUUAAACGACUACUUAAUCGUACACCCGGCGGUAGUUUUGUGCAUGUUGAAGUUGCUCCCCUCGAUUGAAGAACAAUGUUCACCAUACGACAAUAAUGAUCCUCUAACUUGGAAAGCCUUCACCGAAAGAGCAAUAGCAUUGCAGUAUUUUUUAUCAGAUGUUAUAAAAUCGUGUGUUCGCAGUGAACGCAAUCAGCAGAUAAUGUGCGACAAUGGAUUAAACGAAAGUAUAGUUCGGUAUUGCAGGGAAGCUUUGAUUGAUGAGCAGCAUCCACUGCAUAUGUCACUGCAGUACAUAUUUGAGCGAUUGGCCGUGCAGGCGCUAAUGCCAAAAGAAUUGCGAACUUUUCUUCGCUUGGGUCUUAAGUUUUCAAGUGAAAAGGAUAGUGACGCCCCAGGCGGCUUCAUACCACCGGUGCCGUUAACGCGCUUAAAAACGUUAGUUUCAAUCACUACACCGCGUGAUUUCCGAUAUCAAGGUUCAUUCACGAUGCCCCCCUUCAUCGAGUUGGAUAUGUCAACGGAAGGGUUUGCAUGCAUAUUUUUCCCAAAUAUUGCACCAAGCCAUUUGAACUCAGAAUACUCAGCUGUAACACAUCAUCUGCAUGGUUCGGUUACUGCAGGACUAAACGUAAAUGGCACUGGCAUUGCUGGAUUGGGUGCCGCUUCCUUUCCGAGUUUCCAAAACAGUAUUAGUAGAAGCGCUAGCAGUAUUGGUCCACAGCUAGAGUCUAGUAUUGGCGGUGGUAUCGGGUCAGGAAACAGAACGUUUCCAUCAAGCAACGGGUUAACUUUCAGUACAUGGUUUUGCGUUGAUCGAUAUCCACAUGGAGAGGCUGCCGAUGGUAAUCCAAUCAGACUCUUUCAUAUAGUGCGCUCCGAUGAUGGAUCUGGCGAAGAGUCGGUGAUUGUGUUCAGUAUUUUAAUCUUACCAAGUGAUAAAUCGUUAUCGGUUGCUACCCAGGAAGUUCCAUUCAAACAUGAAUAUUGCAAUGUUUACAAAGAUGAUUUUAUGUCCCGCGUGUGGUGUCCAACUUUUAUUCGAGAAAGUGAGUGGCAUCACGUGGCAGUAACGUUGGGCAAAACGUCACCAAGAUCAUCGCAAAUUUCCAUCUACGUAGAUGGCCGACACGUGCAUUCGCAGAAAAUCAAUCCGAUCUGCAGCUCAUUGUCGGCUUCGGCAAGAAGAAAUAGUUUUCAUGCGUUCAUUGGAACACCACCAUUGUGGCGGAAGUACUCCAAGCUGAUCUGGAAGCAAGGAGUUUGUAAUUUAAUUGAUGAUACCUUCGAUGCGUCCGCUGUAGCUCGGAUAUACAUGCUUGGGCCACACUACAUUGGCUCAUUCCAGGACGUUCGAUUAGAAGACAAUGAAGAAAUAAAUCCCUUAGUGGCGGAAUACAGAAUAGCGUUUAGUGUCAACCCUAAAGCUUACUCGUACAUGACGUUGAACAAAAUAAGGAAAGUGUACAAUCGCACGGACGCGAAAUCGAUUGCAAAACAACUCGGAAUGAGCUCGCAUGAGAACGCAACGCCCAUUUUGGUCAUGCACAAUGCUGCCGGACAUUUAACUGGUCCUGCGCGCACAUUAGGCGGAGUACUCGUUGGUUAUCUGGGCAUUCGAAAAUUCAAUCCGUUUCCGGUGUCCAUAUCGAUAAACACAGUUGGAGGAUGCAGCGUUCUACUAGGAUUGGUAGCAAUGUCACACAAUGUCGAAAGUUUAUACGCAGCUGUUAAAGCGUUGACGUGCAUUUUGCGUACGAGCAAAUUAGCACGACAAGAAAUGAAUCAACGGCGCUUUUAUCAAACGCUAGCGAUGUUGUACAAACGGAAGAAAGCGCUUCUCAAUUCACACAUUUUGCAUUUAACAUUCAAUUUGGUUGGCACAGUGCAUAGCGGACACGAAAGCUCUACUAUACCGAAUGUAACAGCAUUCCAGGAUUUGUUAUGCGACUUUCCAAUUUGGUUGGACCAGUCAAAUGAUCUGAUUCGUUCUUUGUUGGAGCAUUUUCUGGAACUAUGCACAGAAUCGAACGAAAAAUUCGCAAAUAUUCGAAUUUUGCAGGAAUCACAGUGUAUGACAAAGCUUCUUCAUAUAAUUGAAGAUAUAAGUGACGAUGGAGCAGAAAGAGCAUUGUUUGCUCUUGUCCAAAUACUGCUUUCUCAUCAGUGCAGAUCCAACGAUUUACUGCUGUUUGGCCAAUAUAUGGCAAAAAGUGUUCCUACAAUGGAAAGUCUGUCUACCAUACCGGACACAGAAAAUCUUACGGAUCGACAUGUUCAUCUAAGGAAUCGUGGCCUAAAUAUAUUGCACCACUUGUUUUAUGGCGCAAACAAUGUCAUCAAUUGGAGAUUUUGCGAUGAAGUGUUCCGAGUUCUAGGACUGGAUUGGGUGUUAUUGUUCAUGCAACCACAUUUGCAUUUCACAACGACAGUUUGGGCAUUUCGAUUGUUAGUUACAAUGUUAACAAGAGACCCCAUACUUGCUCGUUUCCGAGAAACAAAGUGCACAAAUGGCGAUGAAGGGUAUCUGAAAAACACAGAAAUAAUCCUACAAUCGCGAAAUGCCAUCUUGCUUUCAUCAAAAUUUCCUUCGCAAGUAGUUGGCGGACCGGGCAACAAUUGCAGCAGUGCAGAAGAAAGUUUUGCCGUAAACCAAGCAUCACUACAAUCAAUGGGAUUCGCUUAUCUGGAAUGGUUACUUUUGCAUCGUACCAACGUGCCCGAAGUGUUUUCAUUGCUAGUCGCAUUAAUUAUUGGAUAUCCGGUAAAAUCGUCAAUCAUGCCUUCCAAAGAUAAUACUAUGGAAGCAAUCUGGGCCUUUCUAUGGUCACCAAACGCUCAUGCGGGUGGCAAUUUGGCAGCAGAAAAAAUGGUAUUCUGCACUGAAGCGAUAUGCAUAUUGCUCAGCUUGACAAGGUCGAUCGUGCAUUGCAGACGACCUAACGCAAACCUGACUGCAUCAAUACCGGAAACUUCCGAACACUGGUUACAGUCGCAUCCCGGCGAAAUAUUGACGUUGUUUAUGUCGUUUUACAAACACCUUCCUGAUUUUGUUCCAGUUGCCAUGAGCGGAGAAGUGAUUACUUCGCUUAUUUCCAUACUGUUUGCACCAUCCACUACGUUGGAUGCUGAUAACGAUGUAUCGUCGGUGGAACAUUCUCCAACAACAGCCGUUCAAAAAUCACCAUCUGCUUUUCCGAGUUCACCGAAUACGCCCGAAACCAUAACCACAAAUGCAUUGCAAAAUGAGCCGCUAUUAUCUAAAAUGGGCAUUGACCAGUUAAUAACUGCGCAUGUGAUGGAUGUUUUGCAGACUCUAAUUAUUGAUUCGCUCACUUUGGUGCACUCUGUCAAAUCCCCACCCGUAAUAGACAUGGUGCUAGAUUUUUGUAUAAUGGGCGGGAAUGGUUACGAGUAUCAACGUAAAAUAUUUCUAACAAAUAUCAUCUUACUGCUAAUGAAAAAUGGUGCCAUGGUAAACAUUGCUGUGGAAGGGCAGAUAUCCGCUCCAGCCAGUAAUAAUUACAUAAAAUUUGGUGGGCAGGAUCAUGUGGUAGCAAACGUUUUCUAUGUAACAGCUCGCUUUGUCGAUAAGCUGUGGCAACAGAUGCUAUUGAUUGAUGGUAGAGAAAUUUUCGAAUACUGUGUGUGUUUAUUAAAACAGGCGAAACGACAUUCGGGAUCUACAUCCACAUCAGCCCAUACUGGAGGUAGCAUAAAUGCUAGUGGAACGAACCUUGCCAGCGCAAGCUCUUUAGAUUCUUUGUAUCGUUCCUUGAAUCGAUGCAUACUCUAUCUUCUGGCAUAUCCAGCCCCCCCGAUGAAUGCAACUUUAGUAGAUGUACUACAAAAUCUAAUGAACAACCGCUUAUUGGUGUUUGGAGCUGGGAACCAUGAUCCUGAUUUCAUUGGAUGUUUAACAUACUGUAUCCUUCAGUUGCAUAAGGGGGAAAAUAUAAAUUUACACAGUUCUGCUCAGUUUGACCAAGAACGCACGACAACGUGGCAUGUGAAGUCACUGGUACGAAAUGAAAAUGAAGAUAACGUUUCCCGAGAAUUGCUAGAUGAUGAACAAACGGUUGGGCCAUCAUCGAAGUUGGAAAAAAUUGCCUUCAGAGUUUGGGAAGAACUGUACGUCUGCAAAAAACCGGUUAUCGAAGAAAUAUUCAAAGUGACGUUAACGCAACCAUUUCACAAUUCUCGUGCGCCGAACAUGGAUUGUACUCAUGAACAGAUUUUCGAUUCAGCCUUCAAACAUUGGCUGACAUACGUCGAAAAGGAGCGGCAUACUACCUCACGAAAUCCUUGGGAUGUGCAUAAUAGCAUACAAUCUAAAAUUCAAAAAGUGACCGGAGGGCUAACGCGGCUCACUAGCCGUACAAAGUUGAAGAAAGAAGUUUGUAAACGACAAGGAAUAUUCAACGAGGAGUUAAGUGUUGAAAGCAACAAACAGCUGCUCAAUGGCAAAAUUACGCUUGUGAAGGAGUUUUGGAAUUUUUGCUCGACCCAGCAAGGAAAUAGUUACAUGCACAACAAACGUUACGUUCAUCAAGAUUGGUUACAAGUUGAGUCCGAGCUCAUACGAGAACGAGGAAUAUGGGGCCCGGAAUGUUGUGCUGAAUACACAAAAUGGACCCUUGACAGCACGGAAGGGCCAUAUCGAAUGCGAAAAAAGAUGCUGAAGAAUUUGUUGUUUUAUGUACACUAUCCACCGCCAACUGAUCAAGUAGAUGUAGUUGAUACCGAAGAUAAUGUUCAUCAAAAGCAGCCCAAGAGCCGUGUGGCUAUCAGCUACGACAGUGCGAAGUACAAUAAGUUUGUGCGUUUAUAUCAAAAUAUGUUUCCUGAGCAGUUUGAACGGGACAUGACUGCAGGCAAUGGAUCAUCGCGGGGCAAUGCGGCAAAAAAAUCGGAGUAUUCAAAAACAAAUCGAAUAAAAGGAGACGAAAAAGGAUAUUGUAUAGAAAACGAAGAGGAUUUAUCGUUCUCACUGCCGGAUAACCAAAUAAUGUUGCGGCUGCUAGAAGACAAAGAAAAGGUUUCUAACAUUUUUCGGACAGCACGUAUACAAGGUUUGGACACCUUUGAAGGUUUGAUGCUGUUUGGAAAAGAUUGCUGCUAUAUUGUUGAUGGAUUUACCUUGCUUUGUAAUCGUGAAAUACAUGAUAUCGAUUCAUUGCCUCCGGAGAGCUUCGAUCCAAUUUUACCUAGCACUACUGCAGCAAAUUGUUCAAUGUCGCGCAAUAUUAGACAAUCCUCUAAAAUAUUUUAUGAAGAUAUCCGCGAAAUACACAAACGACGUUACUUGCUGCAACCGAUCGCACUGGAAAUUUUUUGUGGCAACGGACAAAAUUAUUUGUUGAGUUUUCCCCAAAAAGUGCGCAAUAAAGUAUUUCAAAAAGUGACGACCAUGGCAACACAGAUAGCAGAUAAUGCGCAACAAUCCGUUGCGGGUCAAAAACGAACUGCAAAUGUAGAACAAAAUACUGGCCUUUUAAGCAGUCUAAUAGGGGAAACCUCUGUGACUCAACGCUGGGUGCGCGGUGAAAUAUCAAACUUCCAAUAUCUCAUGCAUCUGAACUCUCUAGCGGGCCGUUCGUAUAAUGAUUUAAUGCAAUAUCCUGUAUUUCCGUGGAUAUUAGCUAAUUAUGACUCCGACGUCUUAGACCUCAACGAACCGGCAAAUUUUCGGGAUUUGUCCAAACCCAUGGGUGCUCAAACUAAGGAACGGUUGGAACAGUUUCUAAAACGAUAUAAAGACUGGGACGAUCCCCAAGGCGAUACACCCCCCUAUCACUACGGAACGCAUUACAGCUCAGCCAUGAUAGUAUGCUCGUACUUGAUUAGACUAGAACCGUUCACGCAACACUUUCUUCGUUUACAAGGAGGUCACUUCGAUUUAGCCGAUCGAAUGUUUCACAGUAUUAAGGAGGCUUGGUACUCGGCUUCCAAACAAAAUAUGGCUGACGUGAAAGAAUUAAUACCUGAGUUUUUCUACCUCCCGGAGUUUUUAGAAAAUUCAAACAGUUUUGAUCUCGGUACAAAGCAAAAUGGUGAUGUUCUGAAUCAUGUCGUACUUCCACCAUGGGCAAAAAAUGAUCCUCGCGAAUUUAUUCGCAUGCAUAGAGAAGCCCUUGAAUGUGAUUAUGUUAGCCGUCACCUACAUUUGUGGAUCGAUCUUAUCUUCGGGUACAAGCAGCAAGGACAGGCCGCAAUGAAUGCUGUUAAUGUGUUCCAUCAUUUGUUUUACGAAGGGAAUGUCGAUAUUUACAACAUUGAAGAUCCUCUUCAGAAAAAUGCAGCCAUCGGUUUCAUUAACAACUUUGGUCAAAUUCCGAAGCAACUAUUCCGCAAGCAACAUCCGGCGAAGCGAAUGACACCGACGAAACAGUUUUCUAUGUUAGUUGAUGUGAGUCCACUGAUUCCUCCCCAAUCUCCGAUUGGAGGUACACCAGCAAUCAACUAUGAGAAAAUAUUUUUCUAUCACCUUAAAAAUCUAAAAUCCUCCCAACAACCUAUUAAAGAACUAAAAGGUCCGGUUGGCCAGAUAAUACAACACGAAAAAAAUAUAUUGUCAGUUGAACAAAACAAAACGUUGAUUCCAAAAUCAUACAAUCGAUAUGUAGCAUGGGGUUGCGCUGAUCAUUCUUUGCGUGUGGGUUGUUAUGAUUCAGAUCGAACUUAUCACACGUGGGAGAAUGUUGAUAACUGUGGUGAUAUAAUUUGUUGCACAUGCCCAAGUGCAAAAUUGUUAAUCAUAGCUGGCACCAGUUCUGUAUUAUCUGUGUAUAACAUAGACGCAAAGAUGAAAAAAUUGUAUCUGAAACAAACUUUGUUUGGCCACUCGGAUGCAGUAACUGCGUUGACGUCGAGCACAGCCUAUAAUAUCAUAUUAAGUGGUUCCCGCGACCAAACCGCUAUUAUAUGGGAUCUGGCACGAUUGACAUACGUCCGUCAAUUAGUUGGACACAUGGGAGUAAUUUCUGCAGUCAGCAUAAAUGAAUUGACGGGUGACAUUGCGACAUGUUCCGGUACUUGGUUGCAUAUAUGGUCCAUCAAUGGUCAUCAGCUAGCUGUUGUCAAUACAAGCAUGGGUAGUUCGGAUCGAAUGCAGCAAAUUCUUUGCGUCACAUUUUCUAGUAUUCGUGAAUGGGACACAAAAAACGUCAUCAUUACUGGAUCGACGGACGGCGUAGUGCGGGUAAUUAUAAAAUAUCUCACGUUAUCUUCACAAUAUGAAAACUGUUAUAUACAUUUCGAAUAAUUUUAUGCAACUUAUGCUGAUUUUCAAAAUCCAACUCGAAGACUCAGGUAUCAAAUCCCACCGGGAUCGUUCCUCUGUACGCAGCACUGACUGAAGAGGGGGCUUGGUCUACCAUUUCUGGUUUCAUGGAGUUAAUUUUACCCGUAGUUCAAUAGUGAGUCUUUUGCACAGAGGAACGACCAGGAAGGGAUUUGGUAAACGAUAUGAAGACCGGACGCUGCUAAUAGGCCUUUUGCCCAUAUCUGCUAGCUUCAGAGCAAACAAGAUUGUGUGACAUUUUUUUCAUUUAUUUAUAGAGGCUUUGAGUCUUAAAGACUUCAUUCACCUCUUUCCGGUAUGAAGGUUACAUGGCUAUUUUGGUAAUUGUGGACUAUUACAAGUGAGGCUAAAAAAAACUAUAGCGGAUUAAACUAAAUUUCUCUAUAAAGGUUGCUGAUGUGUAAAAAUUGAAUUAGGCGGUUAUGUUGAUGUUUGUCGGGUGAGAGAAUGGUGGCUAGGUCGCUAUCUAGUUAGCAGGUGUUUCGGUGUGUAGUGUAGCCAUGACAAUCGGUGAGAAUGUGGCGGACCGUGAUGUCAACGCCACAGAAGCUGCAGAGUGGAGGACUGGAUUUUUCGAGGAGGUAGGAGUGGGUCAGGCGGGUGUGUCCGAUGCGGAGGCGGGAUAGGACUAGUUGGUUGCGGCUGGAAUCAGGAUCAUCCCAUGGUGCAGUGGUGUGUUUGAUCAUACGUAGUUUCAUGGAGAGGUUUAGGUUGUACCAGGUGGUGUUCCAAUGUUGAGCGAUUGCAGUGUUGAUGAAGCGGAUAGCGUCUCGGCGAGAUAGGGAGUCUUGUGGUGCAGUUUGACGGAGCCGACCUCUGUUGGCCAGUUGGUCGGCUUUCUCGUUUCCUUGGAUUCCGGAAUGACCCGGAAUCCAACAGAAGGCUAUUGCGGGAGAUGAAGGGAUGUCAUUUAGGAGCUAGAUGUGCGGAUCUUUGGAGGUGCCGUGUUCGAGGGCUGCCAGCACACUGGCACUGUCGGUGAGUAUGACGUACGGUAUGUCGGCGCGUAGUCCUUCGUCAGCGGCUAGACGGAUGGCUAAAGCUUCGGCAGAAAAGAUGGAUGUGUGGUCAGGAAGUUUGAUGGCACAGUUAUCGAGGCUAGAAUGGAUCCCAAAGUCGGCUGAAUCCCGAUUAACGGAGCCGUCUGUAAAGAUAAGGUGAUGGUGUUUAUAUUUGGUACGGAUCAGGUGUGUAAAGGUGCUAUUGGCGAUGUGGCUGCAUUUUCCGGUCCGCCGGAGUUUGUGUUUUAGUUCCCAGUCUAUUGCAGGAGCACGGUGAUAACAUGUUGGAAGGGAAGGAAACUGCUUUCGCAAAGAAGGGAAUGGAUCGGGCUGUUGACAAAAGCACCAGUGGCGUAGCGGAUGUCUGUAUGGUAGACGGGUGCUACUCUCUUCUCGGAGGUUGCUCUCUCGCGGGAAACAAUCUCGAUACCGUAGAGUAGGUUGGGUAGGAGCCAGGCGUUGAUGAUGCGGUUCAGGGUUGAUCGCGAGGCCCGAGCUUUGCCAGCUCCGAGCUUGCGGAACAGAUUCAGCCGGCUGUUAGCUUCCUUCUUAACCCUGUUGGAAUGUGGAAGAAAGGAAAGGUGUCUGUCGAAUGUAACGCCGAGUAUGUCGGCAGUCCGUGUGUUAGGUAUUGGUGUAUUCUAGUAUGUAAUAGAUUGUCGCUGUUUGCAGAGUAUUUGUUGAUAUGGAGGAUUUUGGAUUCGGUGUGUGACAUUUCAUAACCCGUUCAUCUCGACCACUGUCGAAUCUUGUCAACCCCUGCUUGCAGGAGUUUACGAGAUUCACAAGCAGUACGAGAUGAAGAGGCCAGAAUGAUAUCGUCUGCGUAGAGGAAUGCUUGGAUUUCUGUGGGAAUAAAACUAAAAAGGGAUUCCAUACUAAUAAGGAAGAGGGUAGGAGAGAGAAUGGCCCCUUGCGGAACACCAUUCUCUAGUGUGUAGGGGUUGGAUAGUUCGGUUCCUAUUAAUAAUCUAAAUGUCCGGUCCUUUCAAUGGAAGGAAGCUUCCCAAUCAGCCCCCUCAUACUUCCAACGAGGACGUACGAGAGAUGGCUGAGAACGAAAAGUACUACGGAUAAAAAGCGGAAAGUGGUCGCUAUUGUGUGUGUCUGUGUCAACGUCUAUGUGGAAUUGAGGUGCCAUAGAAGAUGACACCGCACAGUAAUCAAGGAUGGAGCUACUUCCGUCAGACGGAGAAACACGGGUUGGGGUUUGAUUGUGGAGGAUUUGUAAGUCUACAGUAUGGAAUAUUUCAUCUAAGAGGUUGCCACGGGUCAGGAAGAUCGUUUUGUAUCGGAGGUACUUUGAGAGCGUGAGAUAGAUUGUGUUUCGGAAGUUGGGUUUUCCUCUUCCGAGAAGGGAGAGCCCUUAUUCCCGCGGGCUCGCUUGCCGAUGAUGGAAGAAAUGGUGGAGGUGGUGGAGGCCGCGUCUUCUGAGUCGGUCAGAGUUGUGUCGGUUUCUGAUGCUAGUGAGCUGUCGUUUUGUUCUUGUUUGUCAUUGUUUUGUUUCAGUAUUUUUUUAAUCAUUUUACCUUGUUCUUUUAUUUGUUUUCUCAAGCUGUCAAUUGAUUCUCUUAGCGUUUUGAUAAGUUCGUCUUGUUGUUGUUUUUGUGAUUGUUAAUUAGCAAUAGGUAUGUCUUUUUCGUCUUGCGUCGUUUGUUGUGCGUACGUAAUUCGUUGUUGGACAAGAGAAGAAACUACAGGCAAAGUAACAGAUCUACGGGCUUCUCCGUAAGAACAGUUGUACUUGAUGACUGCUUCUUCUUGUAGGUAGCGGGGACAGGAACAGGAGAAGGCGUUAUGUGGCCAUUGCAUUUCAUGCACACGGGGUCGACGGGGCAAUCUCCGUGGGCAGGCGUACCUUGAGUUGAGGCCGUGGGUGGCGCAGGCUUGAACUACCUUGCAGCUCAUCUUGGUGUGUCCAUAAUGAGCGCAGUUGUAGCACAUCAUGGGUUUUGGGUAGUAAGGUCGGGUGGAAACUUGCUGGGCACUGAGGCGGAUGAUUGAUGGGAUCGAGGUGGCGUUUAGACGGAGCAGGAAGAUGUUCGUCGGCACUAGUUCACUGUUCACUUUACGUUUAAAUCUAUGCACAGAAAUUACGCGUUGGUCCUUGAGUUCUUCUAGAAUUGUCUCGACACUAACGUCUUUCAGGUCUGGGGAGAGGAUUACACACUGAACACUGUUUAGGGUUGUAUGGGGAGUCACUGUCACGCUAGUCCCGUCAAUGAGUUUGGAGAGGGUUUGUAGCGAUUUAAAUUGCUUGGAACUACGGGUCUUAAUCAGGAGUUUUUUGCCGUUGUCAAGAACUUUGCCGGGUUUGGAAAGCUCACCAGCAGCGGAGGAUAAGGUCGGUUGUUUGUAGGACAAGGAACUUCAUGUCACCGUGGUCAUUAUUCUUGUCCAUGUAGUCUGGUAGGCUCCGUUCAUUUCGAAAGGGCCCACCGAGGGGGGGAAAGGUGUGCCUGGCAUUGUAAUGCCGGGCCCAGAAAAAAAAGUUUUAAGUCCUGUCAGUCGUAAAAGUAAAUGUUAACACACUACACUUUAAAAAUAUCACCAUGGCACACCACCUACAGUAAACGAGUCUUUUUUCUCACUUAAAUUGUCUCUAUUUUAAUACCAACGCACAAAAGUCAUGAAUCACCAGGGCCUAUCUUUCUCUAAAGCUCUUAAACCUAGCACCACUGCACAAAAGUCACGCACGCACCACCGAGAAGUAUAGAACUUCUGGAUUAGUUUUUAGCACAGGUACACUGGGUAGAAAACACCUGGUAGGAAACUACCCAGCAACACAGGAAAACAGCACAGGUACAACGGGUAGAAACCACUGCACAAGACACUGCACAGCAGCACAGCGUAACAACAACAAGUCGCACUACACACUGUACGGGCACAGAAAAUUCUCACUACAGCACGCAACACUAGGAGCACAGAUGAAGCACUGAACCGGGAGCACAAGCAAAACACGUCUGUUCAGGUUGACUGUCUUAGCAAGAGUGUUUGCGACAGUGAUUUGAACACAGUGUGAGAUUGUGCGACAGUCAGUAUUGGCUAGUACAGAUUAAAGUUUUGUUGUAUAAUUUCGAUUCCAAACGCUUUUAAUAGCUAGGAAGUUUAUUUUCCAAUCUGUAAUUGAUUUGUUCAUUUGGGCUUCUCAAUGAUACUUUCG